AUGAGAGUCUCUUCCAUCUUCGCCGUCCUGGCGGCUGCCAGCAGCGCCCUUGCCUACUCGGCCGAGUUGAUUCCGGCCGGCGUCCCUCGCAACGUGGACGAGUUUCGCGUUAAGCACCCUUACCAGAAGCGCUCCAGGGGCUGCCGUAACACCUACACUUUGCGUGCCUCGGAGAACGAUCUGGAUGACGUCUCUGACGAGUUUGUUGAGGGUCUGAAGCUGGCCAACAACGGUGGCACUCUGCACCUCCCCGCCAACCAGACAUUCAUCAUUGGAAAGCCGCUCGAUCUGACGUGGCUCAAUGAUAUCCACGUUCACUGGGAGGGUGAGAUCAAGUUCACCAACGACACCCCGUACUGGCAGGCCAAUGCCUUCCACCACCCGUUCCAGAACUCCAUCAUGUUCUGGAAGUGGGGAGGCAAGGACGUCAAGCUAUAUGGCCAGGGUGUUUUGAACGGUAACGGUCAGAGAUGGUGGAACGAGUUUGCCGGUCUUGAGAUCCUGGACCCCACAAACGCUUACCUCCGGCCUAUCCUGUUCUAUGCGGAGAACGCGACCGGAUUGUCCAUUGAGGGCAUCCACUUCAAGGACUCUCCUUGCUGGACUACCUUCAUCGUGACUUCCAAGGACAUCUCCUUCACGGACGUCAUUGUUACCGCCGAGACCAACAACCACACUGCCGAGCCCAAGAACACCGACUUCUUCGACUCUCUGAACGUUGAGGAUGUCCGCGUCAAGCGCGCCUGGGUGAACAUUGGUGACGACUGCUUCUCCCCCAAGUCCAACGCCACCAACGUCCACGUCGACACCAUGUACUGCAACGGCACCCAUGGACAGUCCAUCGGAUCUCUUGGCCAGUACGCUGGCGAGAAGAGCUUCGUCAAGGACGUCGUCAUCGAGAACGUCUGGAUGCUCAACGGCCAGCACGGCGCCCGCCUCAAGACCUGGGCCGGCCCCAACAUCGGCUACGGCUUCAUCGACAACGUCACCUUCCGCAACUUCUGGCAGGCGAACAACGAGUACACGGCCUUCAUUGACUCGUGCUACUUCAACAUCAACGCCACCACCUGCGCUGCGUACCCCUCCCAGAUGAACAUCAGCAACAUUCUAUUUGAGAACUUCUCUGGAUACUCGAGCGGCAAGUAUGGCCGUGCUAACUUCAACAUCACUACCCCGUGCGGUGGUGACCCCGUCAUUCUCUGCGACGGUAUCAAGGGAGACAUUGGCACGCCCUGCGUUUCGGCCACCAGUGAUGAGGGUAAGGCUGCCUUGGCGGCUAAGUGCACAACUGCCCUGGCUGUAGCCACUCCAUGGGACGUCAGGCCCUUCAAGGGUUGA